GAUUGUAGCAAUCCCAUCCUGCUCUGCGCUCGGCUCCAUACCCGCCGACCGUCUGCUGCUUACAACUGCUGGAAGCGGACAUGUUAGACCGGCCUAUCCGGAGAUAAACAUUGGCAAUAUUAGAGUGCUGGACGCUACAGAGGAAAGGUCGUAGAGACGGGAGACAAUGGACGCCGUCAACGCUUUCAACCAGGAGUUGUUCUCCUUGAUGGACAUGAAGCCACCCAUUUCUCGAGCGAAGAUGAUCGCCAUCACAAAGUCGGCCAUUAAGGCCAUUAAGUUGUACAAGCACGUCGUCCAGAUUGUCGAGAAAUUCAUCAAAAAGUGUAAGCCGGAAUACAAAGUCCCGGGCCUGUACGUGGUGGACUCCAUCGUGCGGCAGUCGCGGCACCAGUUCGGGGCAGACAAGGACGUCUUCGGUCCCCGGUUCACCAAAAACAUCAUGGGAACGUUCGAGAACCUCUGCCUGUGUCCCAACGAAGACAGGAGUAAGAUCGUGCGCGUGCUGAAUCUGUGGCAGAAGAACGGCGUGUUUAAGAUCGAGAUCAUCCAGCCGCUGCUGGACAUGGCUGCAGGUUCCAGCAGCGGUGGAGCCCUGCCUGACACAGAGAACCACCUUCCAGACCCAGGCUCCCCCUCUCCUCCAGUGCAGGCGGUCUCUGAGGCUCCAGUCAGCUCCAUGGUGCCUCGGCUGCACAACUCCGACGCCUUCGCCGCUGUCGCCCAGCUCUUCCAGUCCUCCCAGGGCCAGCAGCUCCAGCAGAUGCUGCAGACGUUCCAGCAGCCAGGCCGGCCCCAGUCUCCCGCCGUGGAGAACAGCGUGUUGCCCCAGCAACAGCGCCAGGGCCACGCCCCCGUGCCCGCCCCUGUCCCCGCCCCUCAGCACCCCCCCCUCGCCCCUCCCCCCAGGGAACAGAAGGCAGCCUUCGACAAGGUCACGAAACUUCUGGACCGCUUCGACUACGACGAUGAGCCGGAGGCGGGAGAGGACGCCAGGAAAGAGGACUCGACGGCGCCGCCUCCUUUCGGGUUCCCAGAGACGGGGCAGCAGCACCCCAACUUCCCCCACGCCCCCGCCCAGAUCCCCGCCCAUAUGGAGCACUUCCCCCCACACAUGAUGGGCCUGCCGCAAGACCCCGCCCAGCAGGUCUCUCUCCCUCCUAACGGACAGCUCCAGGGCUACAGCAUGCUGCAUGGCCAGGCCUUCCCCAUGAUGCAGCCCAUGGGCCAGUCCCUGCUGCAUCCCACAGCGCCCCCUGCCUACCCGGGGGUGUACCCUCCGCAGAACGAGGCCUUCGCCCAGCACCUGGCACAGCAGAGACAGAUCCAGGACGUGUCCAUGGAAGUAGAUCCGCCCUUGAACAAGGAAGGAAAGCAUCGGCCGGAUGGGCGAAAGUCCAGGUCCAGGUCAGCUUCCAGGUCGCCGAAGAGGAAACGGUCGCGGUCGAACUCUCGGUCGCGGAGGCCGCGGCACCGCAGGUCCCGGUCGCGGUCGCGGGACCGGCGUCGGCACUCGCCCCGGUCGCGGUCCCAGGAGAGACGGGAGCGCGAGAGGGAGCGGGAGCGGAGACAGAAGGGCCUGCCCAACCUGAAGAACGAGACGCUCAGUGUGUGCAGCACCACGCUGUGGGUGGGGCAGCUGGAUAAGAGGACACAGCAGCAGGAUGUGGCCUGUCUGCUGGAGGAGUUCGGCCAGAUCGAGUCCAUCAAUAUGAUCCCCCCCAGAGGAUGUGCCUACAUUGUGAUGGUCCACCGACAGGAUGCCUUCAGAGCCCUGCAGAAACUCAGCCGGGGCUCCUUCAAAGUCAACCAGAAAGCCAUUAAGAUUGCCUGGGCCCUGAAUAAGGGCAUAAAGCCAGAGUAUAAGCAGUACUGGGAGGUGGAGCUGGGGGUGACCUACAUCCCCUGGGCUAAGGUCAAAGUGGAGGACCUGGACAGCUUCCGGCAGGGAGGCAUGCUGGACUCUGAGACGCUCUGUCCAGAGUGGAAGGGUGCACUGACUGACGGAGAGAGGCCAGACGAGGUGGCGCAGAACGGCCGCUCAGACUCCGUACAGGUGGAGGAGAAACCCCCUGCUGCCCCAGUACAGGUGCCCCCUGUCCAGCCCAUGGGGGCAGUCGGAGCCAUUCAGCCCCCAGUGUUCCCCGCCCACAUGGGGCUGCCGCCCCCAAACUUCCCCCCCGGUGUGCCUCCCCCUCCGCCGCCCCCGUUCCUGAGGCCCGGGUUCAACCCCAUGCAGAUGCCCCCAGGAUUCAUGCCUCCGGGGCCCAUGCCCCCCCUGGGGUCCCCUCCUCCAGCCUCCUCCGUCAGCCUGCCUACCUCGGGAGGUCCUGGGGGCUUGGUGGAAGACCCCUCCAAGGACGUGUCGGGGGUGGGGUCCCGGAACAGCAACGAGGGGGCCGACGGCUCCAAACUGUACGGCUCUGUGCCUCCACAGAUGGGUAACCAGGUUGGCGCUCCGGGGAUGAACAUGCAGGUCCCGUCGGGGGGUCUCCUGGGGGCCCGCCCGGGCCUGAUCCCGCUGCAGCGGCCUCCAGGGCCCCCAGGGCCCCCAGGGCCCCCGGGGCCACCGCCCCCCCACAUGCACCGCUUCCCCCACCACCCGCCCCGCCCAAACAUGCCGCCCAUGCCCCCCCCUCCCAUGAUGCAUCGGGGCCCGCCCCCGGGCGGGUUCGGCAUGCCCCCUCCGCCCCCGCACCCCCACCCCAUCCGGGGCCCGCCCCCGCACCCCCACGGGCCCCCCUUCAUGCGCCCCCCCGGCGGGCCCCGGGGCCCCGAGGGCCCGGACGAGAGGGACGGGCGGCCCUUCCGAGGCGAGAGGCCCGGAUUCGGCCGGGACCGGGAGCAGGAGCGCUUCGGAGGGGGUGAGGGGAGGGGAGGGGGGAGGAGGCCGUUCGGAGGGGACCGCGAGCGUUUCGGGGGCCGGUCGGAGGACCCGGAGCAGAGGGGAGGGUGGGAGCGGGACGGAGAGCAGAGGGGACCGGGGUGGGAGAGAGAGAGGGAGCGACGGGACUGGAGGCGGAGCCCAGAACGGGAACGUGGCCCCGAACGGGAACGUGGCCCAGAACGGGAACGUGGCCCCGAACGGGAACGUGGCCCAGAACGGGAACGUGGCCCCGAACGGGAACGUGGCCCAGAACGGGAACGUGGCCCCGAACGGGAACAUGGCGGAGGGGGGCGGGACUUGGAGGACCGCCCCCCUCGCCGCCCCGCCCCGGGGCACAGGGACAGAGAACCGGGAACGCGGGAGAGGACCACGCGCUGGGACCGCGACGACCGCAGGGAGGCCACGGCGACCGCCGAGGAGGGCGAGGCUCCCAGCAUGCACCGGGGCGAGCCGGCCCCCUCCGAACCUCCCCCGGACCCCGCCGAAGAACCGCCCCAACCCGAAUCACAGCCACAGCCACAGCCCCAGCCCCAGCCCGAACCCGAACCCGAACCCGAACCCGCCCCCGCCCCAAAACAGCCCCCACAGGAAACACUGGAGCCGCAGGCUGCCCAGCCCGGCCUGACGACUGAACCGCCCGGGGAACCGCAGGAGGGCCAAUCGUGACCGAGCACCGGCACGCGCUCAGACUCGCAGUGCGCAUCCAGGACGCCCGCGAGUCAUACUGCACUCGGGAAACACAAAACAUUUCUCUUCCGGGAAGACGUGGAAAGCUGCUGUUCCACGGUGUCCCACUUCUGCGGAACUUGAAUGUCGUAUGAAAACAAAAAGAGAAAGAGAGCCAAUCGCGCUGUAAAUACGCUUAAGCCACUCAGCACCAUAUUUGUAGUUUUUUUGGGGGAAGCGUUUUGUUCAGGCCCCUUUGUGUUGCAAAAACGGAAUAUAGAAAAUGUAUGGAAUCAAAUGCAAAACCGACAGUAAGGCCCUUUUUCCGUAAUGUUUUUUAACUUUAACUGUUUACAACUCAUGGGAUGUGAGAUGUUUCUAUAAUUUUUAAGUUAAAAAUAAAAAAAAGACAAAACAUGAAAUUAAAUCUCCUCCAAUAUUUCAGCAUUAGGGAUUUUGUUUUUAAUAAACUAUUUUCGUACCAA